AGCUUGAAUGGUGUUUGGCUGAACAAGGAGAGGUUGGAGUCGUGCAGAGCCUACAUUGUGAGCGUUGGAAGCUGCAUCCAGCUUGGUGUGCCGCUGCCUGAUAAGGAGAGACCAGAGUUUGAAUACAGACUGGUUCAGGAGCGCAUGUCACAAGCCUUUCCGUUACCAAGUGCACCAAAAACUUUGAAGACAAAUGGGUCCCGGGCUAAACGGAAACUCAACACUGAGGACUUUGAGGUGUCCACUAAUUCCUCUAAAACAAAAAUCCAUCGGACAUCAAUAGAAUGUGAGAAUCCUGCUAAAUCCUUGCACAGAACAGAGCUAGCUAAGCAGCCCACUCUGAGGGUGGAAGAUGUGGCCUCCGAGGACUUGCCAGAAUCAUGUGACUCAAUAGAUGGCGAUACAUUAGCGCCCACCCAGCAGCAGUGCCGCAGUACCUUACAGCUGUCCAAGGUGAGACAAACCAUGGUGGAGAUAAGGAGGUUAAAUGUGCAAAUGCAGGAGAAACAGAUGGAAAUGCAGGAGAGGUUAAACGCGCCCCACCAAAGCCAAACAGGAGACCUCAAGGAUGUGCUAGCCAUGGAAAAAGAACUACACGAGCUGCAAAACCAGCUGAGCAAUGAGCGUAAGGAGCAUCUCCAGAGGGUGCAGGACCUCAAGCAGAUCUACCAGGAGGAACAGCAGAAGCAGGGAGAACGGAAGUUGGCUGAAGAGGAACAUCUAAGGGAGCAAUUGGCACAAGCCCUUCAAGAGCAUACUCUCCUCAUGGAAGAACUGAAUCGUAAUAAGAACAAUUUUGCACAGAUUAUUGAAGCUAAGGAUAAGGAGCUCCAAGAAACCAAGAAGGAGAAGGAAGAGGUCCGCGCGCAGAAGGAAGAGGUCCUGAGCCACAUGAAUGAAGUUCUAGACAAUGAGCUGCAGUGUAUCAUCUGCUCAGAGCACUUCAUUGAGGCCGUUACUCUAAACUGUGCUCACAGCUUCUGUUCCUACUGUAUCAAAUCAUGGAGACGACGCAAGGAUGAAUGUCCCAUCUGUCGGCAGCCGAUCCAUUCCGAGACCCGUUCCCUUGUCCUGGACAACUGCAUUGACAGCAUGGUCGCCAAGCUUAGCGUAGAAAUGAAGGAGCGGCGGGCAAAACUAAUCAAGGAGCGCAAAGCACUGAGCAGUCAAGUAAAGGUGGCAGAACCCAUACAUCUAGACAGCGACAGUAGCUCUCAGCAUUCGCCUACAUUGUACGUGUUCAGCAGCAGCAGCAGCAACUCUGACAUUGAUGAUUUGGGGGAAUAUGACUAUGGUGCUGAUUACUGGGAGGAAAUCGAUGACGUCAUUGGAUUAAACUCAGAUUAUUAUGAUGAGGAAGAUGAUGAAGAUGACAGCUUUCUAAUCAUCUGAUUUAUUACAGACUAAAUAUCUUGCACCCCAUAUCACCGUGAGCUCUGGAAUGCUUUGAAAAUUCCAAAAAUUAAAAAAACAAAGAAAAAAAAAACGUUGACUGAGCCAAGAAAAGUGAAGUUUUGUAUUGCUAAGGUUGAUGAUAGAGAGAUUUUUUUUCAGAUUAUUAUUUAUUUACUUGGUUCUUGCAGAUUUUCUCAAUUAAGGACAUCAACCUCGCUAUGUCACAAAAACGCUACCGCUCGACUGCUUGGGGACUAAACCUUUGUACAUUAAUUAUUAUUUUGUUGGAUUUUGCCCAAUCAGUUUCCUCCCCCCCCCAUUUUCAUUCACGAUUUUGAGGAUUGCUUCUGUGUUCUUCAGGUUUUCAUUAGAUUUGGUUCAUGUGCCGCAGUUCUUUUGUGAUGCAUUUGUACAAUUCACAGUUUUUGCACAACUUGCUACAUAGCUGGGAUUGCUUUUUCCCCCUCUUACCUCAUUCUUAAUCAAUACACUUAUUCCCUGUGCUAAGCAAGUCAUAUCAUAGGUUUCUAUACAGAUAAACUAUAUGGUUUAAAAAAAAAUAAUUGAAGAAUUUUUGAAUGUCGGUUUCUGUCUUAUGGUUCAUUGUUCAUCAGAUACAGAUCCCAACACUGGGUGGUGCUGAUGAGCAAGCAGUUAAAGGGGCGCUGUUUCACUAUUUACAGAACUCUUAUCAAGCCUUUAUUAACUAUGUUGUGUCCAGAAGGCUGCAACUUGUUGCUCUUUAUCUUGUUUCAGGGGGAAAAUUCCUGUGCACCUCCAAAAUACAGCCUUUGUUUUUCACUUUAUGCGGUGAAAUGAAUCCGUCUUUGCCUUUAUGCUGCUUUAUGUUAUAAAUAUUUUCCAUUCCAGUUGUGCAGUUUGCUUCUCAUUCAGUAUGUCCAAUUACGGUGACAUUAUGGUAAGCUGUGGUUACGCAAGUGUCUUUCUCCUCUGUUGCUUGGGUUAUUCCGACUGCCUAGUCCAAUUCUAUAGAAGUCACUGACCUUUAAGGUAAGAAAAUGAAAGCAGCAGCCUAGCGUAGCUGAGUGAGAAACUGUUUCACGGUAAUUAUGUUUGCUUUGACAAAAACGUGUCAAGACUUUAGUCUUACAACAACACUAGCUUGACAUAUAUAUAACUUAAUAUUAAAAUAACAUAAAGUGCCCACGAUAAAGUAAAACACGAAAGGGUCUGAAUUUCCUUCCAAAAAAAAAAAAAAGAAAAAAAUUGUAAAAUUCCAAAUCAGUAAAAAUGUAUUAACCUGAACGCUGCUGUCCAACAAUAAACAGAAGUAAAAUAAAACGACACCAAACAGUGAGCAAGUAUCUUUGGGCAGCUAAAUGCAAAGCAGCAACACCACUGACUAGUCUGUGGGACUGAACCCUACAACGCGUUUCAAGGCCUGGAGCACUUAGACACCUGCGGAAUCCGGCCGGACAGUCUGAAUUCGGCAGUGUUGCUGUUUUAUAUCCUCCUUAGUUUUUAGCUACACAACAUGCAUAACAUUAAAAAAAAAAACUUUCUAGUUUAGUACCCUUGGUGUCCUUUGUUGAAAAGCAGGUCAGUCGGUUCAGGAGCAUGCACGUGUGAAGCACUAUAUAGCAGCAAUUUAGUAACGAUGUUAUACAUUUGCAAGAGCACUAGGUGGCAGCUGUGUUUCCUGCUAUUUAGUGCUCCAGACACACAUGCACACUAACUACUGUAUCUCUUCCCUGAGAACAAAGCACAGCAUACAAUUUAAUAAAAAGUUUUUAAUUUAUUUCUGCCUGAAUCAUUGAGAGAAUAAUGUUAGGUCCCUCGUGUCUCUUAACUUUCAUGAUUCAGGUAGGGCAGUAAUGUUAAACUACUUUCCAAUUUGCUUUUAUCAUCGAAUGUCAUUUUUGUUCCGAGUGGUAUUCUUUGUUGAAAGCUAAACCUAGGUAGGCUCAAACUGAUUUCUAACUCCUUGAAGGCUGCCUCUUAUCUCAGUGCAUUUUGAAAGGGUUUUUUUUACAGCUAGGCAGUGCACUUUCAUGUGUGCCAUAUAGAUAACAUUGUGCUCACUCCCUUAGUUAUUUAUGAUUUAGCAUUGACUUGCUAAAAUAAGUCUGUCAAAAAGACUGAGAUAAGGGGACAGUCUGCAGAUGCUUAGAUACAAGGUAAUCACAGAGGUAAACGGUAUAUUUUGUUAUGUAAAGGGAUUAUUUAUCUAUUUAAACAAUAAACAUUCUGGAUUAGGUUGUCCCUUUAAUUAUAAACCCUGGUCUUCCCAGAUAUGCAUUAUUUACUGUUUAUCUCACAAUUGGCAUCAUACCAUUUUAUUUUUGUGUUUCUUUGUGUUUUCCCUUUAAAGAUGUUGCUUGAAAAUAACCCCCAGCGUUUCCCUUACAAUAAUGUGUUCGCUAUAGUAUUUACAACUGAAAUGUUUUAUUUGCAUUAAUAAACCCUUUUAUUUUUUUCCAUUUAUAA